UUCCCCCUCCCUUUCCCUCUCCCGCUACAUGAAAACAAAGACCACAUCAAGCCAUGGCCAUGGCCGUCAAUACAGAAGCAAAGAAAUCUACCAUCAACACCACCACCACCAUGGCGGUGUGCUUGAGGAAAUUGAAAGGCUCAUCAUAGUACAUAAAGAUGGACACGUGGAGCGACCCCAGAUUGUGCCCUGUGUCCCAGCUUCUCCUUGUCCAGAUCUCAACGUGACCUCAAAAGACAUGGCCAUUGACAAUUUUACAGGCACUUGGGCACGUUUCUAUGUCCCUAACACCACAAAUUCUCACCAUAAUCCUCACCAGAAGCUUCCUUUACUGAUCUAUUUCCAUGGUGGUGGCUUCUGUGUUGGUUCUGCCUCUUGGCUCUGUUACCACGAGUUCCUCUCUAAGCUCUCAUCCAAACUUAACUGCCUGAUCAUGUCACUAAAUUAUCGUCUAGCCCCAGAAAACCCUCUUCCUGCUGCUUAUGAAGAUGGUUUCAAAUCCCUGAUCUGGAUCAAACACCAAAUCCGAUACCACUGUGACGAUGUAGCUAGUCAAUGGUGGAUUCAAAAAUGCAACUUUUCUAGAAUCUUCCUAGCAGGAGACAGUGCUGGUGCCAAUAUAGCCUAUCAUGUAGCCUUAAAUCUGUCAACACACGAAACUUCAUCAUCAGCCAUAAGGCCUUUGGACGUGAAGGGUAUGAUUCUGAUACAACCUUUCUUUGGAGGAGAAGCAAGAACAGCAUCAGAGAAGAAGAUGGGUGAAGCUCCAUCGAGCUCUGCACUGAGCUUGGCUGCUUCGGACACGUACUGGCGAUUGGCUCUGCCUCGUGGUUCGAACCGUGACCAUGAAUGGUGCAACCCAAUGGGAAAAGGGUCGGUGAGAUUGGAGGAAUUGAGGCUUUGUCCUGUGUUGGUGUGUGUGUCGGAGUUGGAUAUAUUGAAAGAUCAGAACUUGGAGUUGUGUGGUGCUCUCGUACGAGCUGGGAAAAAGGUCGAACACUUGGUGUGCAAAGGAGUAGGCCAUGCGUUUCAGAUUCUGAGCAAACCUCAGAUGUCACAGAACCAAACACAAGAAUUGAUGGCUCGUAUCAAAUCCUUCAUCAUGGGUCUAUGAUCUGUUCUACAAUUCUGCACUUCAUUCAUUCACAUUCUCUUUUCUGCACUUAUUUAUCCAAGCAUUUGUGUUGUGUGUCUAUAUAUAUAUAUAUAUAUAUAAAAUAUAUAUACUGUGUUAGUAUAAAGAGGUAAAAACCAACAUGGAAUGGAAAAGAUUUGAUAGUUCUUACUUAGCGUCUAGUUUGGUUAUCAUCGAUCUCAACUUUUGUAAUGAAAAACAGAUACGUUGAAAGUGCUUUACCUUU